AUGGCGCCGCCGGCCAUUAUUGCCCCUUCCAUUCUCAGCGCCAACUUCGCCAACCUCGGCCAUGAUUGCGCCACGAAGAUGAAGGAGGGUGCCGACUGGCUCCAUAUUGACAUCAUGGACGGCCACUUCGUUCCCAACAUGACCAUCGGUUGCCCCGUCGUCUCUCAUAUUCGUGGCUGCGUCGACCGGCCACUCGAGCCCGGCUCGAAGGGUACCUUUGACUGCCACAUGAUGAUCAUGGAGCCUCACAAAUGGGUCAAAGAGUUCAAAAAAGCGGGCUGCGACUUGUACUGCUUCCACUAUGAGGCAGCCGUCUCCUCCGUUGCUGCGACCGAUCCCACCGAUAAGACUACGGAGCGUACCAGCCCGCGCGCAUUGAUCAAGUAUAUUCACGAGCAGGGUAUGCAAGCCGGCAUUGCAAUCAAGCCGGAUACCCCGGUCGACGUCCUGUGGGACAUUCUUGAAAACCCCGACCAAACCGAGCGCCCUGAUAUGGUCCUCGUCAUGACAGUACACCCCGGUUUCGGCGGCCAGAAAUUCAUGGCCUCCGAGCUGCCCAAGGUUUCCGCCCUGCGCGCACGGUAUCCCGAUUUGAACAUCGAAGUCGACGGUGGCCUCGGUCUGGGCACAAUUGAUCAGGCGGCCGACGCAGGCGCCAACGUGAUCGUGGCGGGAUCCGCGGUUUUCGGCGCGGCCGACCCCGCCGACGUCAUUCUCAAGCUGCGUGAGGCAGUCCAGAAGCGCCGGGGCCAGUCUUCAGCAUAG